UCUGCAUACUCGACUCUCAUUUCUCCUUCGCUCUCUCUCUCCUUCACUCUCUCUCACUCCCUCUCUCCUCGUGGCUGUAUUGGCCCCUCUGUUUGACAGUUUGGCUGUGUAAUUUCACUCUCUCUGCGCUUUUGUCCGAGAAGGCAGUACAUCCAACUGCUACUACUAGGCUCUUCUACCCCAUACCUCUCGGUCUCUCUCUCACUUUCUCUCUCUAGCUCUCUGUCCUUCUAUUCCUUUUCCUCUCGUUCGUCAGCUUGAUUAAUUAAAGAAGCAAAAAUGGAGGCCAUUAAGAAGAAAAUGCAGAUGCUGAAGCUGGACAAGGAGAAUGCCAUCGACCGGGCAGAGCAGGCAGAGUCGGAGCAGAAAGCGGCGGAGGACAAGUGCAAGCAGCUGGAGGAGGAGUUGGUUGGCCUGCAGAAGAAGAUGAAGGGGACGGAGGAUGAGCUGGACAAGUUCUCAGAGGCUCUGAAGGAUGCUCAGGAGAAGCUGGAACUGUCUGAGAAGCAGGCCACUGAUGCCGAGGGGGACGUGGCAGGCCUGAACCGUAGGAUUCAGCUGGUGGAGGAGGAGCUGGACCGGGCCCAGGAGAGACUAGCCACAGCACUGCAGAAGCUGGAGGAGGCAGAGAAGGCUGCUGACGAGAGCGAGAGAGGUAUGAAGGUGAUUGAGAAUCGUGCAAUGAAGGAUGAGGAGAAGAUGGAGAUCCAGGAGUUGCAGCUGAAGGAGGCCAAGCACAUCGCUGAGGAGGCCGACCGCAAAUACGAGGAGGUGGCCCGGAAGCUGGUCAUCCUGGAGGGAGAGCUGGAGAGAGCUGAAGAGAGGGCCGAGAUUUCGGAGCUUAAAUCCGGAGAUUUGGAGGAGGAAUUGAAAAAUGUCACCAACAACCUCAAGUCUUUAGAAGCACAGUCCGAGAAGUACUCAGAGAAAGAGGACAAAUACGAAGAGGAGAUCAAGAUGCUCACUGACAAGCUGAAAGAGGCAGAGACACGGGCUGAGUUUGCAGAGAGAACAGUGGCCAAACUGGAAAAGACCAUCGAUGACCUAGAGGAAAACCUAUCUCAUGCAAAAGAGGAGAACCUGGAGAUGCAUCAAGUGUUGGACCAGACACUACAGGAGCUGAACAGCUUGUAAACACCUGGAGGAGCCAAGGAGAUCAAAUCAUCAGCAUUCCACUUUCAGCUUAGAACUCUCCAAGCUUUUUAAAGCUGGUUUUGUCUCACUCUCUCUGUCUCUCAUUUUUGUAAAGAACAUUCCAACAACAAUUUUCAAAUUGUCCAGCAUUGUGCUGUCACUAGUUCAUGUCUGUGCACAUUCCUGAUAACCACUUUUUAAUUGGUUAUAUUUUUGUCUAAGAAUUCCAUAUCAGUGAAUCCUGGCCAACUCUUUUUGAAAAUGUUUUCAAAUGACUCACUAUUUGUUUGUAUAAUUUAGUAAUCUUUACAUUAUGUGUUAACAUUUCACAUGAUCGAACUAGACAUUC